CCCCUGCGAGGAAGCGGCGCGGCUUCCUGCGGCUGGGGCCGGGGAUAUAGGCGCCCCCGCCCGGGCUCCGCGCCGCCGCCCCUCCUCGCUUGCCUGCUGCGCGCACGAUGGCCCGGCUCCGGGCCGAGAGUGCCGCCGGCGGCCAGUGGAUCCUGGCGACCCGCGCGGGGGGACCCUCAGCGCUCCGCCUUCUCCUCCUGCUGGGCGCUGUCCUGACGCCCCAGGAUUCCCUGGCUCAGCUUCUCACCACCCCUGGCAGCUUGGAGUCAGAAGCUAUCCGGAAACCCCAGGAUUCUGUGGCUCAGCUUCUUACCACCCCAGGCAGCUUGGAGUGGGAAGUGCCCACAGGGAAGAUGGUGGAAGAGUACGGUCAGAGAAUUGAACUUUGCUGGCAUAACUAUACGAUUUAUAUGGAUUCUGUCAAAGGAGACUGGUGUGACUGGACGGUGAUUAGCAGGCCUUAUAGCUACCUGCAAAAUUGUUUGGAGCAGACCGCGGACGACUUUCACCUGGGCUUCCCCAACCCCUGGGCAGAAGAGUUCAUCUUCGAGACUCACCAGAUCCACUUUGCCAACUGCACCUUGGUGCAACCCACCCUCUCAGACCCCCCAGAAGACGUGCUUCUGGCCAUGAUCAUAGCCCCCAUAUGCCUCAUCCCAUUCCUGGUCACCCUCGUGGUGUGGAAGAGUAAAGACAAUGAGAGCCAGGCCUAAGCGGGCCGGAGUUUCUCAGCAGCCGCCUUACUCCUUUCUCCAGCCACCACCAGGUCUCUCUCCCUGUCUCCCCGCCCCCUUCUCUCACUUGCUCCCCAUAUGGAGCCUUAGACUAGUGGAAAUGGGGCUGGGUGGGGUCAUGGCACAAAUUCUGUAAUCUUCAAAAUAAAAGCUUUCUUUUGUA